UCCAUUUCAUCGGAGCUAGAUGAUAAAUUUGGACAUUUAUUAUUCAGUGUUAUAUUAUUAAUCAAAAAAUGUAUUCUCUUGAUUUCCAUUUCAGAGAAUGAAGUCGAUGAGGAUUCAUUUAAACUUUUGGAUGAUGAACUCAUUAAAGAACUCUUCCCAAAAGUGGGACCAAGAAGCAAGUUCACCAGGAAGUAUCGGGAAUACAUGCCCAAUCUGAAUGGUACAGGAAAUGCAGAGGUUACUCGAGCAGAUGUUCCAGAGGAUGCUCAACCACGUGUAGUACCACAGGAUGCUCGGGCACGAGCUCCAGAGAAUGCUCAAGCGCAAGAGGAGGUACAUGUUGACAAUCAAACUCUGACUUGCUUUAAAUGCCAGAAAAAGAUAGGAAAUUGCUGCCUUUUCAUUCAUUUACAGUAUGUACAUAACAUUAAUUCAGGAACAUGUACACGUAUUGUGUGCCCUGAAUGUCAGAUAGUGUUUACACAUUGCAAAAGUUACAAAAAGCAUGUUCGAAAGUAUCAUAUUAAUGUGGGACCCCAGCACAUUGUUGCCGAGAACCAUUUUGCUAAUAACAAUGGUGUCGUAGGGUGUGAAGAGGAUGUACCAGAAGAGGAUGUACUAGAAGUUGCUAGUGAUGACGAAUCUGGGUAUGAAAGGUUAUCUGAUUCAGAAGAUGAGUUUACUACAGCUGGGGAUGUCUUCACAGAAAAGAUGGCUUUAUUUGUUUGCAACUUAAAUUACAAAUGCAUACCAACGUCAUCCAUGCAAAAUAUAACAGAAAAUGUUGAAAGUGUGAUUCAUGAAAGCGUUCGUCAUGGUGUAAAGGAGAUACAAGGGUUACAUGAAAAAUGGAGAAGUGGAUCUUUGAAUGGGGAAUCAUUCACAGAAGCCAUAAACUCUUUGGAGUCAUUGGAGGAUCCAUUGAGGGAGAUGAAAUCUGAAAAAAGGCAACUGAAAUACUUUAAGCAAAAAGAAGUACUUAUUCCACCAGUGAGCAAAACCCUGGGAUACAAACAUGUCCCACAGGUUAACAAGGUUACAGGCAGAGCAGAGGAAGUGAAGACAAAAGAGACGUUACAGUACAUACCGAUCGGGCAAAUGUUGAAAAAAUAUCUUGAGCAACCAGGAAUGAUGCGAAUUGUUCUCAAAGAAAUAAAUGGAGAUAACACUACUGGCAUGUUACGGUCAUAUCAGGAUGGUGAAUAUUACCGAACAUCCUUCAAAGAGGACGGUAAAUUGCUAAUACCAUUGUUGUUGUACAGUGAUGAUCUAGAAAUUUCAAAUCCCUUGGGGUCACGAAAAGGUGCUCAUAAGGUAUGUGCCUUUUAUAUGUCCAUUCUUUGUCUUCCACAGAAAUUCCAGAGUGCAUUGAGCAACAUUCUGUUGGUAGCCCUCACAAAAUCAAAGUUGUUGAGCAAAUAUGGUAUUGAUAAGGUACUUGAUGUGAUAUGCGAUGAACUAGAAGUGCUGCAUGCUGAUGGCAUCAGAGUUGAUACUCGAGAAUAUAAGGGACAAGUGUAUCCAAAACUUUUUCAAGUAAUUGGAGACAAUCUAGCAGUCCAUUCACUUUUGGGCUUCCCCUGUGGAUUCACAGCCAACCAUUUCUGCAGAGAAUGCAAGUUGAGUAAAUAUGACUGCCAAGAGGACAUAGAAGAAAGGGCAGACCAGUUACGGACUAGGCAGAAUUUUGUUGAAGAUCUCGAGACUGGAGAUCUUACAACCACUGGUGUUGCACGAAACAGCAGUCUCAAUAAGCUGUCUUAUUAUCAUGUUAUUGACAACCAUUCAUUCGACCUGAUGCAUGACUUGUACGAAGGUGUUGUACCACUCGUAGUGAAGUUAGUGGUAAACGAUUUGAUUGAUCAGGGAGCAAUUACUUUGGGGGAAUUGAACAGUAGACUCACUUCCUUCAGUUAUGGAUUUAUUGACAAACAAAACCGACCCUCCCCAUUGACAUUGGCAUCUCUAAUGAGGCCAAAGGGCGCAAGUGGGCAAAGUGCUUCCCAGAUGAACUGUUUGCUUCAUUAUUUGUGUCUCAUGAUCGGUGACAAAGUUCCUAGAGAAUCAGAAACAUGGGAAGUUUUGUGCAGCCUUCUUGACAUUACAAAGCUUCUGACAGCUCCAAGUAUGAGUGUUGAAGCCACUUACAUGCUGAAAGCCAAGGUAGCUCAUCAUCUUCAACUUUACGUUGAUAUUUUUAACAUUCCGCUUACACCAAAACAACAUUUUUUGGUCCAUUAUGCUCAUUCCAUCAGGCUUCUGGGGCCAUUGAAUGCUUACUCCAGUAUUCGAUAUGAAGGUAAACACAAAGAGCUUAAACGUAUCGCCAAGAACUCAAACAACUUCAUCAAUGUGGCAAAAACAAUAGCUAAGAGGAACCAGAGCAGACAGUGCCUUGCAUUUCUACUCAAACAGGAUGUAGACCAAAGAGAGAUCCAAGUACUAAGUCAAGAUGUAACCCAAGUAUCGGAUCUGGAACAUGCAGACAAAAUAUGUACAGCACUUCAGUGUCCAUUAUAUUCAGAUGUUACUGUGGCAAGUGCAGUUCAAAUGAAUGGGUACAUCUUAAGACCCCACUCAUGUGUUCUCCUUAGUUGGAAUGAGGAUCUCCCUAAGUUUGGAGAAAUUGGCCAAAUCAUCAUAGUUGAUGGGACCAUCUACUUUGCAAUUCACCCAUGGACGACCUUGUACUUUGAUAGACAUUUCCAUGCAUAUGCUGUACAGGUCAUCUCAGACACAAUUGAACUUGUACAGUACCAUGAACUUAAGCACCACAGACCUGUGCAUGCAGUAAAGAGCUAUGAUGAAGAUGACCAGAUGUACUACAUUGUCCUUCGUUUUCAACUUGCAUGAAGUGCCUAUGGAGCUGAGUGAGGAUGAGCAGGAUCCAGUCUGGCAGGAUCAAACGGCACCAAACCCAAGAAAGAGGGCCAGAUGCAUGUAUGACUUUGAUGUUGAAAACAUCAUUUUGAAAGGCAGAAACGGAAGGGGCUUGCUGGAGGCAUUAACUCGAGGACGAGUUCUAAAGAACAGCGAGAGAAUUCAACUCAACCAAGUAUUGGUUAGCCAUCUCAUUGAAGAGCAUGGAUGGAACCCGCCAUCACCUGUGAAGGAAAGCCUUGCGCAAAGCCUUGUGGAUCAAUUCAAAAUUUUGAAGGACAACAGUGGAAUCACAGGAUAUGAGCAAUGGUUCAUAGCAGGGAGAAAGCACCACCCUGCAAGUGGGAGUCUGGAAGACAGACUACGCUACGUAAGGAUGAGGCACUACCAACAAAUUCGGAAAGAGAAUCCUGUGAGAGAUGAACAGGGAAAAAGGUCGAAGGAAGGAAAGAGAAAGGCAGUUGGUAUAGAUGAAUUGCCAACUUUGCCUGAAGAUAAAAUCAUGGAAGCAAUAGAAUGGAUGAAAUAUAAUGACACUCCCAAGGUCAAAGUCCAGGAGAUGAUGGCAGAAACUUGUAAACCACGUUAUUCCUGGAUUAGGUCAGAUAGAGCACCAACAACGGCAGAGAUCCUCGCAAGAUAUCCUCGGCUUCUAGAUCCUGGAAUUGUUCAAGAAGACUUUCGGCUAACAAUAUCUGAUCAAACUAACCAGUUGUACGCAAAGUGGCCCGCUAUGUCCAAGCAAGUUUUCCAGUAUUCAUCGGAGAUCCAAAAAGACUGGAAAGAGAAGCUGGGAGAGGUGGAGGUGACAGAAUUGUCGGAUGAUGAGUAUCAGACCUUGGCUUUCAGCUUGCUGCCUGUAUUGUUUGUGGGACGAGGCAAAGGGAUGAAAGGCAGAUGUUCGGCAAAGGAGGCUGUAACGUCAUUCAUAGAUUUCAAGCCUGAAGGAACAUCCAUAGAUUAUUAUCUCGCAAAUUUGGAUGGAAAAGAAAGACCGCAGCCUUUCCUCUUAAUCCUUGGAGGCUCAAGGUGGAAGCCAAACCAGGUCUUUGUGAUAAUUGAGCGAAGCACCAUCCAGUGUUCCUCAAUAAUACAGGGUGUCGACGUCUGCUUCAAGUUGACCUAUGUGCUGGACGUGGAUUACCAAGCCCAAUGUUCUCCAGCGUGGCAGAUGCUCCAGCACUUGAUCUAUGAAUUGCCUCCAGGUGCUCUGAGUGGAGUGGCUCUGCUCAGUUUUCGAACAUGGCUGAGCAACAUCCAGAAGGAAGAUUAGCCUGGGCAUGGCAGCAUUCAGUACUGCCGUAAUUUGAUAAAAAGGAAGCAAGUGACAAUAGAGAGUUUUGUAGUAAAUAGGCAAUUUUUCUCGGCUCUCCUUGUUAAAGAUUAAUUGUCUCUGGAUAUAAAAUUGUUCAAGAACUACUUUUGGAUAACUUUUUUUGACAAAUAGUUAUGUUCAUAUGAUUUAAUAUUUAUGUAAGAAAUGUGUCACUUGCUUCCUUUUGUCAAAGUAUUAUAACCACUCCGCCGCUCACAAUACUGUGACAAAAGGAAGUAACUUCAUCAGCAUUUUAAAGCAGACCGGCGUAAAAAAGAGUGAUUGAUGGUUAAACAUAUAAAAAAAAAUUUGAUUUCCUUUUUAAUGUUACUAUUUUGAGCACAAGAGAUGGGUUAUGGCAGAAUAAUCAGUUUUAAGAAGGGACACUGUCAUACAACUUGUGUCUGUCCUGAUUUCUUAGCUUCGUUAUUUCUGCUUUCUCUAACUCUCUCCACAUUCUUUGUUUUUCUCUUUCGGCCAUUUUUUUAAGCAUUACAAUGACCUUAUAUCAUUAGAAUUGUGAUAGAUUUUGAAUAGGUGGCUCAAAAUUGAAAGAUUUCAGUCCAUUUCAUUCCCUUUUUCUACCAUACUGAGAGAUCUAUGUUAGUUUGGGGAAAAUAACCCAUUGCCAUGUUAACAGUCAAAGGUGGCUUUUUAUAAAUUUGGCAACAAGUAGAUUCAUGUUCAGCACCCCAAAAUAGGGAAAAUAGUGGAAAAAAUCCACAGAAAAUUUUAAUUAUUCCUGCAAACUGCCGCAUAAUAUCUUGUCACUUGCUUCCUUUUGUCAAAAUAUGAUAAUAUGUGUGGUCUUCCUUCCCUUAUUAAACAAUAUUUUAUAAUUCAAAAUCCUAGUGUCAUUCCUUUUUUUUUUUUUUUUUUUGCUUCACAAAGAUAAGCAACAAGCAGAUUCGUGUUUGGCAUACCCAAAUUAGGGGAAAUUGUGGAGAAAAAAAUCAGAUUCUGCAGAAAUUUUCAAUUAUCCUUGCAACUGUCCCCAUACUUUUUUGUCACUUGCUUCCUUUUGACCAAACAGUAUUUCAUAAUUCAAAAGUCAAGAAACAUUACUUUUGUUGCUAACAUGUUAAGCACGUCUUAAACACCUCACCUCACCUUACCUUUUUUCAAAGUAGGACAGAAUAUUUGAGACUGGUAAAUUAAAUCAAAUCAAUGUGAAAAUGACGAGAACUCAUCUGGAUAUCUGGACUAAAUUGCCAAAUAUGUGUUGACACACAUACAAACAACCUGCUAAAUUGUUUAUUUCUAUUUUUGCAACAGUUUGCAUUGUUUAUGGAUGGAAGUUAAAUACAAUGUGAGAGGACCAAUGUUAUAAUUAGUGUUAUAUGUUACAUAACAUCUGGAUCAUUAACUUUCGACUUUUGUGAGAUACUUGCAUGUACAUAUAGAAGUUUUUUUUUGUUGAAAAUGAAAGUAUUUUGCAACUAGGAGAUGAGUCUGCCUUUUUACACUCCAACUCUGUUAUAUUUUUGGCUUAUAGGAAUUUUCUCAUGCAAAUUGCCCAUGAAUCCUCAAAUCGUAACAGUCAUGAAGUUUUAAUGAAAAAAAAAAUGACAGUAAAGUUUAAGGGUUAGACAUAUCAUUAGAUGAAAAAGGGGAAAAAAUCAUUGGGGCCUUCAUAAUUGAUAGGUUAAACAUGAAUGUAUGAAUGCAUUUAACAUGGUUGAGAUCAAUCGAAACUGGUUUACAUUACUGCAGAUGUUUCACUCAAAUAUUGCUGACAGGUUGCUGUCUAUGUUGUCAAUGAUCUAUUGGACAUUCAACAAUGCAGAGAAGUUAAACAUUGUGUUGAUGUUACUAUAAAACAGAUUAAGACAAUGUAGCUGAAAAUUGUUUUACUAAUACAUAUUAUGUGCAUGUAAUUUCAAGUGUUAUCAAAAUGUAUCAUUGAUAUGUUUGAACAGGUCUAUAAAAUAUGUAAACCCCUCUCAUAGUCCAUCACUAAUAACCCUAGCUACUUUGCUGAGAGCAGCAAGUCCUUCCCAAAUAUUUGAGUGAUGAAUAUUUUCCAUCUAAGGCUUAGAUUGGCUAUAAAAUUCUUCAUCUCAUAUUUUUGUUCCAUGGCAAGAUCUUGAUCAUGCCCUUUUUGGGCAAAAAAAAAUCUGUGGUUAAAAGUUGAUAUUAACAUGUAUUUUUUGUAAGUUUUUUUAAGGAUUGUUCCGAAUUAUGUGGCAUAGAAGCGUUCAACCAUACAAUUCUGUUGUGGUCAUUAUCUACAUGUACAUGUAUGUUAAUGCUAAUUCUUUGAAGUACCAUGUCUUUUGAUAAAAGUGAUAAAAUGACAUUUUUUAAAUGCAGGGCUGAAAAGAGCGAAACAUGCAUUUUAAAAAAUAUUUCACUUUGCUAUAAUGCUACUCUUGGUGAUCAGGAACAUGUUUCUGUCUUUAAACUUGGUAGUUUUGGUCAAAUGAGAUGUCUCUCUUUUUUCCCCUUUCACCAUAAGAUGAGGGAAAUUAUGAUAAAAACAGAACAGUGAUCUGAGCCCUCUUUCAUGAAAAGUUCAAACUGAUGUUAAAUUUCUUCGCCAUAUGGAUUGCCUUAGACUUACAAUCAAAAUUGAUCGUUCAGCCAUUGUAACAAUUUAUAAAAUAGGGCCCUGUUUAGUCUAGAAGCAAAAUUUAGAAAUCUUAAAGCACUCUGUCAAUUUUGUUUAAGAACUUGGACAAAUUAACCAGAUUUCUAGCCCACAAUCUGCCCGAAUCUGGCAGAAACUUACCCAAAUUUUGUACUUGCCCCAAUUUUAUUGAUGGGACUGUGUCCCACACACAACUCUGCCUAAGAUAUACAUUGUGAAUAUUUUUCAUGUUGCAUACCAUACAGGUGAAAAUGAUUGUAUGAAUGUGUUUUUAUUAUAUAAUUAACACACAUUACCAAGGGUGUUAGUAAAAUCAUCCACCCGAUAGUAACUUUGGAAUCAGUCCAAUCAUACGAGGCGCAGCCGAGUAUGUUUUGAACUGUUCCAAAGUUACAGAGAGUGGAUGAUUUUACUAACGCCUGAGAAAGUAAUGUGUGUUGAUUAUUUUAUAAAAUAGUCACAUUUUAUAAUGUAACUAAAUUAGACAAUGUGUGCGCCGAGUGCCGUUACUUUUGUUAGCAUUAACAUAUUUAGCCUAGAGGUCAAUUAAACAACAUUUAAUGUGAGAAAUUAAGUAAUUUGAUUGAAUUUAGUCCUGUACUCACCUUCUUUGGAAAUGGAAGAUCCAAUUCAAAUUUAGCGGGCAUUAGUACAAGGCAUUAGUAAAAACUUAUGCCAGCUGAAAGUGGCUUCUGCCCUUGUGAUAAGAUAAAUGACUGGUCACAUGAGAGCUCUCGGUCAAUCUUUUGACUAGGAUCCAUAUCACCAUUUUAUAAUACACAGUGAAGUUCACUUCAAGCAAUUGUGCUGGAAAUUAUUUAUUAUACAUGUACAAGUAUGUUUAUUAUAGAAAAAUUGACCAGUGGCAAAGGAUGACUGGAUCAGUUGAAUUGAAAGGAAAUAUAAUAAUUUAUAUGCAAAUACUUAUAGGAAACAUGAUCACAAAGGGUCAAGUGAGUGCCCAUUCUAUGUGAAGGAAAAAUCCAUGUCAGUUUAAGUUGAUUUGCAAGAGUAGAUAAUUGCAAAUGUUUGUCAUUUUAAUUACAUAAGUAAAAUAGUGAGACUAUGACAUCAAUCCACUCAUUUCAAGAACUGUUGUAAAAAUCAGUAAAGAAAAGAAAUAUUUCAAAGUUCUUAAUUAUUUUUGUUGAUUAUUUUAUUUAAAAAAAUGAAUGUUGCACUCAUAGAUACUUAUUCAUUUUACUUAAAUGUAAAUUCAAUGUAAAAUUGCUCAGAAUUCCUCCUAAUAUUGUGAAUGUACAUGCAUGUUUGUAUAUCUUUAAACCAUGAGAUUGGUUGCAAUUAAUUUUGUUAGUGGUUGGAUGUUUUUAUCGCGUAUUACAUGAAAAUGUAUUGUUGACGCAUUUGGAAGAUUGUAUGAAUCCAUUUAUGAAUGGAAAUAAAUACAUCAUAAUACACACAA